AUGUUGCUAGGUUUUGAGGCCGCCGAGUUCCUGUGCUUGAAGAUGCGAAGCUGCAUACCUAUCGAGGAUCGCGACUAUGGUUCGACGAUCUUCAAGAAGUCUUUUGUCGGAAGCCAGGCGGUGGAUUGGAUGUGCGAUACCGGUAUUGCUGCGUCCAGAAAUGAGGCGGUGGCCAUCGGCCAACGCCUAGUGGAAUUUGGGCUGGUCGACCACGUUAACUCGAUCUUCAGGUUCAUGGACGAACUCCUAUUUUACGAGUUUCGAACCAAGGGAGCUAACUGGGCAAAGGCCACGGAGAUGGAUAUCGACGCCGCGAAGGCGUUAGCGAUUCGGAUGAAUAUGGAGAUAGAGGAAUACGUCGCAACAUGCGUCAACGAGGCCGUGGCGAUAGCCGACAAGCUCAUGACACUCUCCAUCAUCGAGUCCACGUCCAGCACGAACAAAGAGAGGUUCAAGCCUUCCUGCGACAGCUUCUACGUCCUCAAGGCCUUAGCCUUGUCGGCUCUCCCACCGACACACAUUUUUGGGCUGCUGAAGCAGCUUUGUCUCGCCAUCCUACAGGUCGCCUGCGCGUGCGCGGCCGAAGUUAGACAGGUGGACGAGCUUGAUUUUGCGCUUCGCAAGCUUGUGCUGACCUCGUGUUCCGGUAGUCCGCUCUUCAUCACCGAGCUGUGCCAGUCUCUUUGCAGCACCCAGGGGAUACAGAAAGUUUCUACAUCCUCCGGCAAGUCGCGAGCUGCUUUGAAAACGACGGGCAAGGACGGUGGUCUAGCAACCGGGCCCAGGAGCGUGUCGGAGAUUGUGGCCGCGCGCAUCGACACCCUGGAGUCUACGGCAUCCCUCGUGCUAAAGAUGUCUGCCGCGGCUUACGGCAUGCUCCUACAUAGCAACCGCUGGAAGCUGCACUACCGAGCGGCGGUAGUCUUGACGGAGCAGGGCGACCAGUCCUACAUGGUCUUGGCGCGCCACUGGCUUCAGGUAGCGUUGGGUAACCCGAGCGCCGCCGAGAUCGCUGACCUUGGAGGUCAUGAGGUCUACCGUGAGCACAUGCACAUGACAAUUGAACUGGUAUCAAAAGCAAUCGGCGAGUUGAUGGGCAUGGGUCAGUUCAUCGACGCGUCCGUGUACUUCAACGACGGCCUAGAGGUGCUCAAGCGGAUGGCGGACACGCCAAGGCGAAAGUGCCUCGAGAUAGACCUGCUUCUCCAGGGUUGCCGGCUGACCUCGUUCAUCGAGGGAUACACAACCACUCUCGUGGAGUUUGCUCGGAAGGUGUUGUUCGACUCUAUCCCUUCGGCAAAAGUGGUUCUGAGGAUAGAGCCAGCGGCGAUCCUCGCGGCUAUCCUGACGCAAAGGGGGCAAUUUAAGCAAGCCAGAGUGUACACGAACGUUGUUGCGGAGUGGAAGGCCGCCGGGAGGCCUGUUCCUCUGUGCCUCGUCAUGUACGAACCCGUGGUCACGCUCAUGUCCAUAAACAUCAUCUUAGCUGCAGUUGGCGCAGACGAUUCGAGACAUCUAAGGUGGCUGAACGAACUCGAAAGUUACCUCAAGUCCAACGACUCCGGGGUGUCUAAGAAGCCGUUCAACCUGUACGCGUCCAUGUCGCUCUUCGGCAUGCUCUACCCGAUGUGCUUCGAGUACGCGGAGAUGUUCCGCUUCUAUCACAGCGUGUACCACGUCGUCUACCACCCUCAGGAAGAAAACGAGGAAGGAGGUGAGGUACGGUUAGAGGAUGCGGAAAAUCACUCAGUCGCGGAAAAUGCGGGUGGAGUGGACGACUCGUACAUGGAACGUGCCGCUUCCGGGGUACUAGAGGACGCGGGAAAUCACGCAGUCACGAAAAAUGCGGGCGGAAUGGACAUCUGGUACAUGGAACGCGCCGCUUCCGGGGCACGUGUUGUAAAAACACAGCCGCUUGGCUACACGGAGGCCGCCAGUGGCUGGUUUGCUGCACACACGCAGCAAAAAAGCACAAUUAGAUAA